AUGAACGACGACCAGAAUCUGACCACUGAUCCUGCCCUCAAGUCGGAAGGGCAGCCGGAUUUAUUGCAAUAUCCGCACGACUCGCAAGCUGGACACCCAACACAGCCUCAAUUACCCAAAUUAUCGAAAAACCCGGGGACUCUGCUCACAGACACCCAGCCGGCGAACCAGCCGGUGUACUAUCCGUCGUCCACGUCGCAUCUGCGACAGGACCAGAAGAAAUUGCCGCCGCUUGAUAUGGCGUCGUCGGACCAAAAAUACAUUGUCAACACAAUGUUUCCAUUUGCUCAGCAUUCGCCUUCGCAGUCUGGCGGGGCCGAUCCGGCCGGGAACGGCGGGCAGGUGCGCCAGGACAACCCGUUGUUCACGCUGGCGAACUCUGUGCCGUACCAGGCGAUUCCUGGGGGCAAGCCAUUGAAGGAGGACGAGAACUCGAUCGACUGGUCGCGCAAGGCGGCCAACAUUGCGCUGCGGAUCGACGGCGGUAAGCAGGCGCUGGACGACGCCACGAACGGCGGACUUCCCUCGCCGCCGUCCAAGUUCGAGUCUCUGGGCUCGAAAAAACAGCCUAGGAUCUUUGCCUGUCCGUUUUCGGGCUGUGGAAAGACCUUCUCCAGAAAGAUGAACCUCAACUCCCACAUCCAGUCCACGCACGAGCACCGCAAACCGUUCCAGUGCGACAAGUGCAAGCAGUUCUUUGCCCGUCACAGCGACCGUAGACGGCACGAGACCAACCAGCACAAGCACGACGGAGGUUUUGUUUGCGGAGGUGUUUUGAAAAACGGCGAGGAAUGGGGCUGUGGUAAGAACUUCAAGCGUAAGGACGGUCUGACCGCGCAUUGGCGCUCCCAGAAGGCCAAGAAGAAGUGUCUGAGGCAUAUCACAGACCCUGCCGAGCUCGAGCUCAUGACCAUGGCCAAAUAG